UAAUUCCUCGGCCGCGUCUCUCUCCUCGGCGUCCUCUUUUAUAAAGGAGUACAGCCCCCGGGCCUCCGGCUCGGCCGUUUUAAAAUCCUCGUCGUCCAUCGACAUUCCAUUGCGCCUCCCUCCUUCCCCUGCCUCCAUCUCUUUCUCGCCGUCCCACCCCUUUUGGGCGAGGCACACGCCGCUCCUCGCCCCUCCGCUUCUCGGCUGCCCGCAGCGGUUGCUUCCCGGCGCCGAGGCGCGGGGUGCGGGGCUUUGACGGCCGGCGGCGGAUUCUUGUUGGCUUCUUGGGACCGGUUCGAGGGUGGAGGAAAUGUCGACGGAGUGCUCGGACCUCGGGGAGGAGUUCUGGCUCCCGGAGGAGUUCCUCGACGACGACUUCUUCUCCGAGGAGGAGAAGGCGGCGGUGGCCGCCCGGAGCGAGAGCGACGAGGAGGACAGCCUGGCCGGCCUCUCGCGCCGCCUUGCGGGGCUCCUCGGGGAUGACGGCGAGCGGAAGGCGCCCGCCAAGGAGGUGGUGACGGUUGGGUCGCCGCAGUCGACGCUGUGCGGGCUGCCCAAGUCCGGCCAGGAGAGCCCCAACGGCGGGGCGUCCAAGGGGACCUCGCCGCCGUCGUCGCCGCUGGAGCAGCGGCCCGCGGACCCGUGGGAGCUCCUGUACGAGGCGGCCGGGCAGGUUGCACGCAUGCGGUCGGUGACCAACAGCAUCCCUGUGCCCAGCAACGCCUACGGCUUCAACGGCCACGGUGGCUUCGCGCCGCCGGCGAGGAAGCCGUCGCCGCCCCCGGUGGCUCCGCCCGCCACCAAGGCCCCUGCCGGCGGGUACUACCACCCGCUCGCGCACUUGGUCUCGCAGCGCCAGAUGCAGGCCGCUCAGUUCCAUCUCCUCAAGCAACAGCAGCUCCUCAAGCUGCAGCGAGAGCGCCACCUGGCCGCGGCCGCGGCGUGGAGCGCGUGCCAGGGCGCAGGCGCGAAGCCCGUUGGCUGCGGCGGCUGCGACGCGCCUCCCGGUCUGAACCCGGCGGCGUGGCCCCCGCUUCAGAAGGCUCCGCAGCAGCACCAGGCGCCGGCGCUCCCUGCCGGUGGCAUGCGCGCCGUGUUCCUCACCCCGCCGGGCGCCAAGCGCGAGCGUAAUGGCACCGGCGUCUUCCUCCCUCGUCCUGCCGGCGCCCCGACCGAGCCGAAGAGAAAGACAGGGUGUUCAACGGUUCUUGUCCCCGCCCGCGUCGUGCAAGCUCUGAACCUCAACCUUGAUGACCUUGGCGCCCAGCCUCGCUACCCCGGAGGCUUCGUUCUCGAUCACGAUGCCUUGAUUAGUCGGAGCAACAUGCUGGCGAGCCAGAAGCGGCGCGCUGCGGCGGCAGCCGUAGCCUCGCCGGAACUCUGCCACAGUUCUUGAGUUCAGUCGCCGGCCGGAGCAGACGAAGGUUGCCACCAAAGAUUCCGGCGACACCCUCAUGUCUGUUGGCCACUCCAGUCAAUCCUAAUAAUUAAAGAAAUUAGUUCGAGUACCUUUUGUUAGGUAGUGUGUUAGCAGCAGAGUUAGGAAGGCCAUACUAGUGUUAGCAUCAGCGUUAGGUCUGUUCAUUUUGGAUCCGGUGAUAUAUUGGUUUUUUGGGUGUGGACGGAAAGCGGUGGAGAUGGACGAGCUGCGAAGAAACCCAUGUCGUCCCAGUUUGGUGGUUUGGGGGGAGAAUAAUAAUAAGUGGUUCGAGAGGGGUGUUUUAGCUGCAGCAAGAGCGAGAGCAAGCAACAAGAUGAUGAGAGAUGACAUGAAAGGAUUGGGUGGGGUUUAUCUUGGAGGAGAAAAAGGAAACAGGAGCUCAUCUCCCCAUCCAUCCGAUAUACAUGGCUUUGCUUGCUUUGGGUGCUACCAGCACGGACCCAGCUAAGGCCUCCUCUCCUCCCUCUUUUUUGCAGCCAUUUUUACUUGCAAAAGAAGCUUGCCGUGGGCUCCAUGAAUAAGGGCGCUUGCUUUGUUAUGUUUAGAGUAUGCUCGAAGGAUUUAUUGGUGUUUUUUUCCCUUGUACCACGAGGUGGUAGUAGCCGUAGUAGUUAAAGUGUCCCCUGACUUUUGUUACAAGGGUCAUUAGGAGUGCAGUGCAGUGGUUUGUUGCUUAGCUGCAUCAACAACUGCGGCAAGUGUGGGCUGAUUACUCUAUGUCUGGUGUAAUUGUCUAGUGGCCCCAUGGCAUCAUGGGACAUUAAUAUAAAUGGAAUUUCAUUGCUUAA